CAGCGGUUGGUGAUUUCUGCAAGCUAAAACCAAGCUAAAAGUCACUUUAACUGAAGGCAAAGAAAAAUUAUCUCAGCAGCCGGUUGAUGAUUUCUGCAAGCUAAACCCGCUUAAAAUCAGGACUGAUUGCGAUGUGGAGAUCGGCAAUGAUCACUAAACUUGUUCGACAAAUUAGUCCUCUUGGAACCAUCCGGGUUCAAGCUGUUCGUCACAGCCAUCGAGCCUUUGUGCAAGAUCAAAAACCCAUACAGAGAAAUGUAGACCCAACAGGCGAGAAUCAUUACCUGGGUGAACCUGUAUCUAAACGCCAUAUAGGCGAGAAUGUGUCAAGAAGGGAUAAAGUAAACUUCUUGGUUAAAAUCUUGACGGAUCUUGACGAUAGUAAGGAAUCUGUAUACAAUGCUCUUGAUGCAUGGGUAGCGUGGGAACAAGACUUCCCGAUCGGGCCUUUGAAACACGCAUUAAUUGGUCUUGAGAAAGAACAUCAAUGGCAUAGAAUUAUUCAUGUGAUAAAAUGGAUGUUGAGUAAAGGUCAAGGGACGACGUUGGGAACAUACGGGCAGUUGAUUCGGGCACUGGAUAUGGAUCAUAGAAUAGAGGAAGCACAUGAGGUAUGGGUUAAGAAACUUUCCGUGGACUUGCACUCGGUCCCAUGGCAGCUAUGCCACCAGAUGAUAUCCGUAUAUUACAGAAACAAGAUGUUUGAGCGGGUGGUUAAGCUUUUUAAAGGAUUAGAAGCGUAUGAUAGAAAGCCGAGGGAUAAGAAGAUAGUGAAGAAAGUAGGUGAUGCGUAUGAGAUUUUGGGGAUGAUUGAAGAGAAAGAAAGAUUGUUGGAGAAAUAUAAGAGUUUAUCUAAUGAGCCAUCGUCGCCUAAGAAAUCUACAAGAACCUCAAAGAAAAGAUAGACGAGGCAGAACAAGUGUCGUGACAAGGGAGUUCACUUACUUCAAAGAUUUGAAAAAAAACUCUUAAGUUAGAAGAAACCGGCUUUUAAUUAUGAUUCUAUGGAUGUACAAGUUUUUCAGGUUACUCGUACGCAAGUCUUCAGAGCCCGGCUAGUAAGAUGGAUAGUUAGUAAGUCCGAAAGUGUUUUUGUGGCAUGGGCCAGGUUGACAUUUGAAAGGCAUAUAGCAAAUCAGGUAGCCUUAGUGAAUUUUCCAAAGAUCUGGUCUUUUUCCAGUUUACCCAUUUGGUUUGAUCGUGACAUGUUUGUCUACUGAUUGUGUAAACAAUAAGAUCGAUAGGUAUAUGAUGUCUGGUGUCAUGUCAUGAUAUGUAUUGGAAGUUGGAACAACCUAGCUAAUGUUGGACAAUAUGGAUAUCUUUUUUCCCUC